AUGUCUGUCAUGGAAGCACCAGUUGCAGAAGCCUGUCUCUCAGAGACCUCAAGCGUUUCAGCAGGCUCAGCCGGGUCUUCUCCAUGCAAAGACACAGAAGACAGAAACAACAAAGGAAAGCUCCGGGAAACAGCGGAGCCGGCACCAAAGGUGAUAUCUGAAUCUGGGGUUUCGUUUGAUCUGAAACUAACACAUGAGGAGUUGAGUGAAAGCUCCAAGCAGCAGGAACUCAAUCUUCUGAACUGUUUGGCUGGGGGGUCUUCCUCUCAGCCACCGGAGGCCGCACCGGAAUCACGCUUGAAGAAAUCUGCAGAGAGGAAAUCUUUCUACUGUACUUACUGUAAGAGGAAGUUUGAUAGCUCACAGGCAUUGGGUGGGCAUCAGAACGCCCACAAACGAGAGAGAUCCAUGGCGAAAAGAGAACAGGGGCUAGCUGCAAUUGCUCUGGGAUACCCAUAUGGACGAUACCACCCAUAUUCAAGCAUAUCAGCACUUCACCUCAAUGGGUCUCUGAAUAGAUCGUCUCCUACUGCAUCCAGCCAUGUGCAGCUGCAUCCUAUGAUUCACAAGGCUUAUCAUCCAUGGUCCUCCUCUACUACUCAGGGAUAUCGUUACAGCCAUGGCGGUGGUGGGGGGUUAAGAUCAGCUGCCAUGGUGAAUGCUCAGUCUGCAGUGUCUAGGCUGAGGAUGGAUGAUUGUUGGGCUGGCAAUAAUGGGUUCAGAAUGCCAGGAGUGGCUACGUUUGAUUCUGGUGCUCCCAUUAACUUGUUUGGAGAUUCCUCGGCUAUACCAGCUUUGAACAUUGCAGCAAAUAGAGCGGUUGAUGGUGGUGGUGGUGGUGGCUGUGGUGAUUAUCAUUCCAGAGGUGUUCCUUCGGAAAAUCACCCAAGUGAAGCACAAGAGCCUGACUUAUCUCUCAAGCUCUGA